AUGCCCCCCUCCAAUGGGCAAGAGCCUGACGACACUGUCAAUGAGAAGUUCAAGACGGCCAAUGGAUGCCUAGACUACGAUGUCUUGAUUAUCGGCGGCGGACUUAGCGGCAUAUUUUCGCUGUAUCGUAUUCGUGAACUUGAUUUACGAGUCAAAGUACUUGAGGCUGGCUCUUCAGAAGGAGACACUUGGUUCUGGAAUCGUUACUCUGGAGCUCGAUUUGACUCAGAAAAAGUACUGGACGAGUGGAACUGGACCGAGCAUUUCUCCCCUCAAACAGAGACGUUACGGUACAUUCAGUAUCUCACGAAGAAGUUUGACUUGAAGAAAGACAUGCAAUUUGACACACGCAUUCUAUGGGCACAAUUCCGGGAAGAUUCUACGUCGUGGUUGCUAGCCGACUCAACUGGUGUUACUUGCACUUCUCGCUAUCUAGUCACGGCUAUGGACAUUCUUAACGAGCCCACUCUGUCCAACAUCUCUGGUGUCCAGGAUUACAAAGGAAAGUCAUGGCACACAGCUCGGUGGCCGAGCGAAGGUGCGAAUCUCGAAGGGAAGCGUGUGGCUGUUAUCGGGACGGGCGCGACCGGUAUCCAGAUCAUUCAGGAGAUUGCCAAGACGGCAGGAUCUCUGACAGUGUUUCAACGGACUCCGAAUUGGACGGCACCACUGCGAAACACAAGGAUUGGCCCGGAGGAAAUGGCGCAAAUUCGGCAGCGACAUCCCGAAACGUUUCAACGAUGCCUCGACUCCCCCAAAGGUUUCAUUCACUUUGGUGACAAAAGGAGUGUCUUCGAUACGGAAGAGUUGGAACGCUUGGAGCAUUGGAAGACGCUCUAUGCACUUCCUGGAUUCGCGAAAGUUCUGAGUAUUUCAGCGUAUCAACGACCCAGACAUCGCCGAGAAGCUUAUUCUAAAAACCACGGGUUUGGUACUCGUCGCGUUUCUCUGGAAAGCGGGUACCAUGAGGCUUUUAAUCGACCGAAACGGAUCGCGGAUAAAGGGAUAAACACGUGGGAAGAUGAGUUUGAGAUUGAUAUUAUUUUAUACGCAACUGGCGAAGGCAUCCGGACUUUCAUUGGGCUGACCGUCAAGGGCUUUUCAAACAUGUUCAUGAUAAUUAUCGAAUAUGCCGUCGGGUGGGUGGCAGAUUUUCUUUGGUACGCCCGCGAUCGCAAGCUCACCUUUGUUGAAGCUACCGACGAAGGCAUGCAACAUGUUUGGCAAUGUGGUGAGGGCUUGUUGCCCAACGAGGUUGACUCUUGGAUGACUGGUAUCAACAGAAAUUUGGCUCAUAAACAGAAGCGGUCCAUGACAAGAUACAAUGGGCCUGCGCCUGGUUAUAGAAAGAGAUGCGACGAGGCAAAAGCCAAAGGGUAUUCCGACUUUAUGCUUGGUUGA